AUGAGCAGAUACGACGAGUUCCAAGCGUUCCGGACCAGUUUGAAUGAGAAGAUCCUCGCGCGUGGGACCAAGACCACGAAGCGCUUCUUCACGCUCGAUAGCAACGCGUACGAGCCGGGCGCUCUGGACGCGAAAACCAAGGAACUGCUCGGACUCAGCGCCUCGAUGGUGCUGCGCUGCGAUGAUUGCAUCGCGUACCACAUCGAUCAGUCCGUCAAAGUCGGAGCGAGUGAUGAGGAGUUGUUCGAGGUCUUUGAUAUCGCGUUGAUCGUCGGCGGCUCGAUCGUAAUCCCCCAUUUGAGGCACCUGGAGGACAUCAUGCGCCCAAUCACGCCAAUCGCCCUGCUCGUAGCAUUUGCAGGCACCGUUCACGCGAGCGAACCAGUCCAGCAUCAACAUUUCGAAGUCUCAGAAGACGGUCAUCGACAAGUCAAUCUCGAGCUCGCGCCGAUCAAUGAGCACACGCAAGCGCCUGCUGGAUUCGCAUCUGCUGAUGUCCCCUUCGGAACCUCGCCGGACCUCACGAUCAAUCUACGCCGACAGAUCGGCGGACUCGCGAUCGCGGACAUGAACAGCGAUGGUCGCAACGACCUCGUCGCGGUGUGCUACAACACCAGCGCCUUUCCUCCGUACGACGAUUGGCACGACAUGAUCUUCUACAACUCCGAGUCGGGGCUGGAGACGACCCCAUCGUGGACCUCCGACGAGCAAACCCACACGGGCGAUGUGCAGGUCGGUGAUAUCAACGGCGAUGGCUUCAUGGAUGUUGUUGGUAUCCACGGCGGCGUGCGCACCGACAACGUUUCGAUCCACUUCGGUCUCCCAGGAGGUGGGGUCGAGACCACAGCAUCGUGGACAUCAAAUACCAGCCCAAACGCGUGGGGGACCUCAGGCAAGCUCGCCGACAUGGAUAACGACGGCGACCUCGAUCUCGUCACCACGAACCAGGGACUCGGAGUCAGCUCACCAACGCGUCCGAUGUUUAUGUUCCGCAACGAUGGGACGGGUCUAGAAACCGAUCCAUCAUGGGAAUCCGCGGCAUCCGAAAUCUCCAACGGACUCGACACACGCGACAUCACGGGAGACGGCUUCCCAGAAAUCGCGGUCGCCAAAUGGGUCAACUACUUCAGCGGUGUGUACUACAACACGAACGGAACUCCGGACACCAACCAGGGACUCUUCGCGUUUGGGAGUGACACGGACAAGGGUGCUGCAUUCACGGAUCUUGAGAACGAUGGCGUCCCCGAGUUCGGAUUCGGAGGCGACCCAUCGACGGUCUAUACGACCUUCCACGGUGCGGUCUUCGAAGUCUCGACCACCAACCCUCCAUUCACAGGACCACAAGAGGUCCAUUUCUUCGAUGUCGAUCUCGACGGCGAUGACGACUUCGGAGAGAUCCAUUUCUCCGAUGGACGCGCGCACAUCUACCUCAAUCGUGACGGCGUGCUCGAUACCGAUCCGUCGUGGACCUACGACGCUUCGCCGGUAGGGAAUGCGAUGGCGCUUGGGGAUCUCAACGGCGAUGGCCGUCCCGACCUCGCGAUCGGAUACUCCGGUGAUCCAUCCAUCGUAGUGUUCUAUGGACAAGCUCCCGCGUGUGCUCCGGAUCUGACUGGAGAGGGUGACCUGAACUUCCUGGAUGUCUCCGCGUUCCUCGCGGCCUUCGGGAUGAUGGAUCCGAUCGCGGACUUCGAACCCGAUGGGGACUUUAACUUCCUCGAUGUCAGCGCGUACCUUGCUUCGUUCGCGAAGGGCUGCCCAUAA